AUGAUUUGCUUGAGGAGAACUCAUUUGUUUCUUCUCUUUUGUGUUUCUUUGAUUUGGUUAUGUUCUUCUUCUGAUUCUCUUCAAGAUAACUUUUUGGAGUGCUUUAACUCAACAUCUUAUUCAAAGCAUUCAAUUCCCGUUUCUGAAGUGGUUUUCACUAAUGAAAGUGCUUCUUUCUCCUCUUUGUUUCGGCUUUCCAUUAGAAACCUAAGGUUUCUCACUACUACUUUGCCUAAACCACUGUUUUUGGUGACCCCAUUCCAUGAAUCACAUGUCCAAGCAGCCAUAGUUUGUGCUAGGGAAAAGGGUUUGCAAGUUCGAGUCCGAAGUGGAGGACAUGACUACGAAGGUCUCUCCUAUGUAUCAUCCCAAGCUCCAUUUAUUGUAAUCGAUCUCAUCAACCUUCGCUCCAUAACAAUCGACAUCGAAGACGAAACAGCCUCAGUUGGGACUGGCGCCGCACUCGGUGAGUUAUACUACAGAAUCGCAAAGAAAAGCUCCAUCCAUGGCUUUCCAGCAGGAAGCUGCCCCACAGUGGGAGUGGGAGGCCAUAUAAGUGGAGGAGGCUUUGGAACCCUUUUUAGAAAAUAUGGUCUUGCAGCCGACAAUGUUAUUGAUGCUAAAAUUAUUGACUUUAAUGGAAGAAUUAUGGACAGAAGCUCCAUGGGUGAGGACCUUUUCUGGGCCAUUAGAGGAGGUGGUGGAGCAAGUUUUGGAGUUAUUUUAUCAUGGAAACUCAAAUUAGUUUCUGUUCCUUCAAUUGUCACAGUUUUCAAUGUGCAAAGAACUUUAGAACAAGGAGCAACUCACCUUUUUCAAAAAUGGCAAAAUAUUUCACACAAACUCGAUCAAGAUAUUUUCCUUCAUGUCACUACAAAAGUAGUUACCGAUUUUCCUUCCAAAAAAACAAUUAGACUUUCAUUUACAUCAUUGUUUCUUGGACCAAUUGAAAGGCUUAUUCCAAUAAUGAAGACCCGUUUUUCAGAAUUGGGAUUGAAGAGAAGUGAUUGCAUAGAAAUGAGUUGGAUUCAAUCGGUUCUCUUCUUUGCUGAUUUUUCAAUAGAUACCCCACUUGAAGUUUUGAUGGAGAGAUCAUCACCUCAAAUUUCUGAUGCAUUUUUUACAGCAAAAUCUGAUUAUGUUAUUUCCCCAAUUUCACAAAAAGGGUUGGAAGGGCUUUGGAAGAAGUUGCUUGAGGAAGAAAAAUCUGAAUUGAUUUUGACACCAUAUGGGGGAAAAAUGAGCCAAAUUUCUGAAUCACAAACCCCAUUUCCACAUAGAGAAGGGAGGAUUUUUGGGAUUCAAUAUUUAGCAACUUGGGAUAAUGCUAAUGAAACUGAGAAGCAUUUGAGUUGGAUAAGGGAGGUUUAUGCUUAUAUGAAACCUUAUGUUUCAAAGUCUCCAAGAGCUGCUUAUUUGAAUUAUAGGGAUCUUGAUUUGGGAAGAAACUAUGGGAGAAAUACAAGCUAUGAGGAGGCCAAAGUGUGGGGUUUGAAGUAUUUCAGUGAUAAUUUUGAGAGAUUGGUGAGAGUUAAGACCAAAGUUGAUCCUUCAAAUUUCUUUUGGAAUGAACAAAGCAUUCCUCUUCUCUAUCACUAUGAAGAUGAUACAAGAAUUACAAAGGUUCACUCAGGAUUGGACUUUGAAAUUGUUCAGGAAAGAUGA